AAUUCCCUCUUGCUCCAAACCGAACUUUGUUCCUGUAAUAACUGGCAGCUGAUGUAAUGAUAAGAGAAUGAAGUCUAUAAAAAUCUAGCUGAAAGCCUGGGAAGUUCUCAUAGAGUUCUUCCUGCCUCCUCCGCCCACGGCUGGUCGAAGUGACAACUCACGCUGGGAAGAUGCACUGGUGGAAAAUGAUGGCAGUCCUUUUGCUCUGCUCACUGCUGCUCAGCCAGGCACACGGUGCAUCCCUGCCCCAGACCCGGGUGCCACGGCAGCGGCGGAUGACGCCCUUCUGGAGAGGAGUGUCCCUGAGACCCAUCGGAGCCUCCUGCAGGGACAACAGCGAGUGCAUCACCAUGCUCUGCAGGAAGAACCGCUGCCUCCUCACCACGGCCUCGGCAUGAGCUCAUGAUGACAACACCCCUCACUGUUACUGCUGACGAUGCUCCACACACUUGGGACAUAUUUAUUGACUGCUCAGGAGCUGGACAGUGAUUCAAGCAAUCAAAUAUAAACCAUAUUUAAUAUUUCUGUCACAUGUGCUGAUAAAAGGACUUCAAGAGCUCAAGACCAUCUCCUGCCGUGGCUGCGCUCUGGGCCUCAGGAUGCCUCUGGCCAAGCUCAAUAAAAGGGCUCUGCCUCUCCUG